AUGCUUGCAUGCAACCCCAACAUUGAUGCCCCAAAUCUGAGCUUUCUAAGCGUCUUUCCUAUUUUCCAGCCGUCCGUCUCCUCACCUGGGUUAUCUCUUGCUCCUGCCGGGCUCGGCCAUUUGACCGCCUUCCACACGGGUCUCGGCUGCCCAACACAUUGCGGCGCUCCUCCCGGCAGCCUUGUCGGCCUACCGUUGAGUCUUUCCACAGCCACCCUCAACGGGUCUCCGGGCGGUGCGGGUUCAACGGCAUUGAUGGCUCCCCUUGGCCUCGGACUGACCGGCUCCCCGAUCAUCAGGCACACCACUGCCUGCAGUGGCUCUGGCGGUGUUAGUGUCGGUGUUGGUGGUGCCACCGGCGCUGGUGGUGGUUGCGGUGCCAGUGUUGGCGGCAAUGCUGCUGGGAACGGGAACGGUUGGUGCCUUUUUGUCUAUAACCUAGCUCCUGAUACAGAAGAGGCGACUCUUUGGCGUUUGUUUGGCCCGUUUGGAGCCGUUCGUUCUGUCAAACUGGCUCGUGAAUCGCCGAGCAGCAACGGUGGCCUUGGCAACGGAGCAAAUGGAGGUGGCAACGGGUCUCUAGUCUCUGGGGCUGGUAAAUGCCGUGGAUUCGGCUUCAUCACGAUGACCAACUACGCUGAGGCCAGUUACGCUAUUCAAAAUCUGAACGGGUGUGUGCACUUUUAUACUUUUUCUCUACCAUUUUUUUGUAUUUGA